AUGUUUGUCCUAGUGGCGCAAACUUAUGCUGCAGAAAAUUCAGAAACACUAACUGAUACUGAAACGCCAACUAGUCCUCAAAAACCAAUUGAACCUGAAACACCAACUGAUUCAGAAGUACCAACCAAUCUUGAAACGCCAACUGAUUCUGGAACACCAACUGAUCAUGAUGCACCAAGUGAUACAAAAAAGCCUAACUCCUCCAAUCAAACUGAAAAUAAUACUGCCGCACAAAUUGCCCAAAUGCAAAAACAAAUGAACAAUGUAUUGAAAAGAAAGGCUGCUGCUCAACGACAGAGAGAUAAUUUCCAGAGGAAACGUGAAAGAGCUCAAAAGCAAAGAAUAGCUAAACUUAGGAAACAAGUAAAUACAAUGAAGAAAAGAUGA